AUAUGUGACGAAGAAGACGCCCGACAACAAGAAAUGCGAAAGUUUACCUGGACUGUCAGUUCGAUUCGGUAUUUUCAGUAAGAGGGAUGGGACUCUUACCAGAGAGAAGCAUUUUAUUUACACUAUUGAUCCUCAUACUCCUAGCAGAGGGACAUAAUCGAUGGGUUCAGGCCCAGCACUGCGUGUGGUAUGGUGAGUGUGGAGAGUCUACCAAGGUCCCAGGGAAGAAGUACAACUGCAACUACACCGGUCCUCCCAUCCCGCUGGGCCAAGAGGGUGAUGAACUUCUCACGGAGCUGUGCCCGGGAUAUAACUAUGGAAACCAAAGUCUCUGCUGUAAUGUUGACCAGUUGCGCACGCUCAAAGGAAGUCUGCAACUGCCUCUUCAGUUCCUGUCUCGGUGUCCAGCCUGCUUCUUCAAUCUGAUGAACCUGUUCUGUGAGCUGACAUGCAGCCCCCACCAGAGUCAGUUCAUGAACGCCACCCAAUUCACGCCAGACCCCGACCCAAAACAAGCAAACAAGUCCAACGUGGUGGAGGUGCGGUACUAUAUUGGACAGACGUUUGCAAAUGCCAUGUAUAAUGCAUGUAAGGAUGUCCAGGCACCAUCCAGCAAUGUGAAGGCCUUGUCUCUGCUCUGUGGCAAGGAUGCAAAGGACUGCAAUGCUACUAACUGGAUCCAGUACAUGUUCGACAUCAACAAUGGCCAGACUCCCUUCCCAAUCAUCCCCAUAUUCUCAGAUGUCCCAGUGUCUGGUUUUACUCCCAUGAACAACAAGACAUAUGAAUGCACAGAAGGCCUGGAGGACGGCUCAGGUCCCUGCUCCUGUCAGGACUGCGCCAAGGCCUGUGGCCCCAAACCAGUGCCGCCUCCUCUGCCCCCUCCCUGGACGAUCCUCGGUAUUGAUGCCAUGACUGUUAUCAUGUGGAUCUCUUACGUAGCCUUCCUGCUUAUCUUCAUUGGAGCCGUGCUGGGAGCUUGGUGUUACAGGAAAAGGACUAUCAUGUCUGAGUAUGGUCCCAUAUUGGACAGCAACAAUCCUCUGUCUCUUAACAACGAUAACCCUGACCAAGAUGCAUCUUGUUGUGAGACCCUCGGCGAGCGCUUUGAGAACGCAAUGCGGCUCCUCUUCAGCGCCUGGGGUUCCUUCUGUGUGCAGCACCCUCUGCUUGUCAUCCUGGGCUCCCUGAUCGUGGUGGCAGCCUCCUCCUCAGGCCUCGUUUAUAUGCGUGUCACCACUGACCCCGUUGAGCUGUGGUCGUCUCCCAGUAGCCAGGCGCGCCAGGAGAAGGACUACUUCGACAGCCACUUCGGACCCUUCUUCAGAACGGAGCAGCUUAUCAUAACCACGCCCAGCAACGACACCGACAUGUAUACACCCUACCCUGCAGGCUUAGACGUCCCGUUUAAAGCCAUCCUGAAGAAAGACAUGCUGCACCAGGUGCUGGAUCUGCAGCUGGACAUUGAAGGCCUUGUAGCCACAUAUGAGGGUGAGAACGUCACCUUAAAGGAUAUUUGCCUGGCCCCUCUGGCCCCGUACAACAACAACUGCACCAUCCUCAGUGUCCUCAACUACUUCCAGAACAGCCACGCGAGGCUGGACCACAGCAUAGAGGACGAAUUCUUUGUCUAUGCUGACUAUCACAGCCACUUCCUCUACUGUGUCAGUGCUCCAGCGUCCCUCAAUGACACCACUCUUCUCCAUGACCCUUGUAUUGGCACCUUUGGAGGUCCCGUCUUCCCUUGGAUAGCCCUCGGAGGUUAUGAUGGCACCAACUACAACAACGCCACCGCUCUAGUGAUCACAUUUCCUGUCAACAACUACCUUAACGACACGGUCAAGAGGGGCAAAGCUCUGGCAUGGGAGAAAGAAUUUAUCCGCUUCUUGAAGAGCUACAGCAACCCAAACCUGACCAUCGCCUUUAGUGCGGAGCGAAGUAUCGAAGAUGAGAUCGACAGGGAGAGCAACAGUGACAUCAGCACCAUAGUAGUCAGCUACAUCAUUAUGUUCGUCUACAUCUCCUUGGCGCUUGGUCACAUCCAAAGCCUCAGGCGACUGUUGGUGGACUCUAAGAUUUCUCUCGGUAUAGCGGGCAUCCUGAUUGUGCUGAGCUCUGUGGCCUCUUCACUGGGGAUCUUCAGUUUUGCCGGUGUCCCUCUGACCCUCAUCGUGAUUGAGGUCAUCCCCUUCCUGGUGCUGGCUGUUGGAGUAGACAACAUCUUCAUUAUAGUACAAACUUACCAGAGGGAUGAACGGAUGCACAAUGAGGAGCUUCACCAGCAAAUCGGUCGUAUUCUUGGAGACGUCGCCCCUAGCAUGUUCCUCUCUUCUUUCUCUGAGACUUUGGCCUUCUUCUUAGGAGCCUUGUCCAACAUGCCCGCAGUGAGGACUUUCUCCAUGUUUGCCGGCUUGGCUGUCUUUAUUGAUUUCCUGUUGCAGAUCAGUUGCUUUGUCAGCCUGCUUGGCCUGGAUGCCAGAAGACAGGAGGCCAAUCGUCUGGACAUUAUUUGCUGCGUGAAGCUGCCGGAGGGUCAGGUGGAAAAGACAGAUGGCUUCCUGUUCCGCUUCUUCAAGAAGGUCUACGCCCCCUUCAUACUCAAGGAGUGGGUGCGCCCUAUAGUUGUGGCAGUGUUUGUGGGAAUGCUCUCCUUCAGUAUUGCUGUGGUGAAUAAAGUAGAGAUUGGACUGGACCAGAAACUCUCCAUGCCUGAUGACUCAUAUGUGCUGGAGUACUUCAAGAACAUGAGCACGUACCUCCACACUGGACCUCCGGUGUACUUUGUGGUGGAAGACGGUCUGAACUACAGCAGCCUGGAGGGCCAGAACGCUGUGUGUGGAGGAGUGGGCUGCAACAACAACUCCCUGGUCCAGCAAGUCUACUCUGCUUCACUCAUUAGCAACUACACAACUAUUGCCUACACCCCAUCCUCCUGGCUAGACGACUACUUCGACUGGGUGAAACCUCAGUCCAGUUGCUGUCGAUACUACAACAACACUGGGGCCUUCUGCAAUGCCUCAGUGGUGAAUUCGUCUUGUGUCCACUGUCGACCCAUGACUGCCAGCGGCAAGCAGAGGCCUGUCGGAGAAGAAUUCAUGCGCUUCCUGCCCAUGUUCCUGUCAGACAAUCCCAACGUCAAGUGUGGAAAAGGUGGACAUGCAGCCUACAGCACUGCAGUUGAUCUGUAUCCCGACAACAAAGGUGUGGGAGCCACCUACUUCAUGACCUUCCACACCAUCCUGAAGGAGUCCUCAGACUUCAUAGGAGCCUUGAAGAUGGCCCGCGUUCUGGCUGACAAUAUCACUCAGUCCAUGGACCACAGGGUUUUCCCCUACAGCGUGUUCUACGUCUUCUACGAGCAAUACCUGACCAUUGCCUAUGACACAGCUCUGAACCUGAGCGUGUCGCUGGCAGCCAUAUUUGUGGUGACCACCGUGCUGUUGGGUUUUGAACUGUGGUCCGCCGUGAUUGUCAGCAUUACCAUCGCCAUGAUCCUGGUCAACAUGUUUGGCGUCAUGUGGCUGUGGGACAUCAGCCUCAAUGCAGUGUCCCUUGUGAAUCUGGUCAUGAGCUGUGGUAUUUCAGUGGAGUUCUGCAGUCACAUUGUGCGAGCCUUUUCAAUCAGUGUGAAGAACAACAGAGUGGAGCGAGCUGAGGAGGCCCUGGCCCACAUGGGCAGCUCUGUGUUCAGUGGGAUCACGUUGACCAAGUUUGGAGGCAUCCUGAUUCUGGCCCUUUCUAAGUCCCAAAUCUUCCAGAUCUUCUACUUUCGGAUGUUCCUUUCCAUAGUUCUGCUGGGGGCCGCUCACGGCCUCAUCUUCCUCCCUGUCCUGCUCAGCUAUAUAGGUCCUUCAGUAAACAAAGCUAAGGUGUUUGCCAGUAACACGCGCUAUCUUGGCACAGAAAGGGAGCGCCUCCUCAACUACUAGCAAGCGAUUUGAGAUGGACAAUGAACUAACCAUUUCUUUCUGAGAGACUGCGUGGAUGUGAACGCGAGCAGUUUCUGUGAUUACUGACACACUCAUCGUUGCCACUACUAUGCACGGAUGUAACUCAGGAAUACGCGCUGGAGUAGGAGCGCCAGAGGCCUUGUCCGACCUUAAGUCUUGUUUUCCUCAGUAGACAUUGGACCUUCCACCCCCACUGCCUUCCUCCUUCUCCUCCUCCUCCUCACACUACAGGGUGAUUCUGACUCAGCGUCUAAGGCCGGAGUGACAGCAUGAAACUGGAAAUGACACUUCAGCAGUGUGGAAGUAGGAGAGACGGCACCCUCAGCAUCAGCUUACAGACAGAAACAGUCGGUUCCAUAUGCUAUGAGUUACAUUUCUUGUGAGGAUUCAGGAAACUGAAAAGGGUAACAGUGGUCAAUGUUUUUUGUCUUUUUUUUUUUUUUUUUUUUUAAAUGAACAAAAUGGAAUGUGUAAAGGAAAAGGUUUAUGCAAAAGUUUACUAAUGGGACGCUUUUGUAGAACUAUUUGAUAUGAUGAAUCAUUUAUUGACUGUACCGCCGUGCACACUGUAGCUAAUCGAUAACAGUAAUGGCAGCAUCGACCCAGUUUACAUCUGGCGUUAACAUGCAUCUGGUAUCUGGAUCGUGCCUGGGUAAUAUUUAGCUGGCAUGUCAGGUGUAGCCUUUAUGCCUGGCAUUAAAUUGCAUUUCCAGCACACGCACACUGAAAUCGGAUUUCUUUUUCGCUCACCAAAAAGCAUGCAUUGCUGUUUAUGUCCUAAACUUAACACUAAACACCAGGUUUCGUUUUUGGAUCCAUGAGUAUCCUGACAAUCUACUUUGGUGUUGUGUGCUACUAUUCAAACUGCUUAUCGUUUGUUUCGUUUGUUUUACUUUAUGCGAUGUGAUGACUCGUUGCAUUUGCACUUGGUUAACAUGGCCAGAGGCAUCUCUAACGUCUCCUGGGAGUGUUUUGGGUGAUUUGGACCACCAGCGCAUUUUCGGUGUUUUUUUAACAGACAUAAUGUGGUUUUUUUUGCUUUGUUCAAAGAUAAUCCAUCAAUCAGGAUGCGUGUUAAUGCCAGGUGUAACAGGGGUCAUGGUCAUGAUGAUAUUGACGUUCAAGAAUUUACAUUGAAUUGUAAAUUAAACAUUUCACAGUUACUGAACAGAACAGUUGCUAAGUCUGGAGUGGGGACAAAAAGCAGAGAAGGCUUUGCAUAAAAGUGUAAAUAGCUCACACCAGACUAACUUAAACUCUUUCCUUUGUCACCUGGAUCAUGUUGACAGAACAGAAUAUUGUAGAAAGAUGGCUGAAUAACUGUAUAAUUCCAAGUCUACAGCUUUGAUUAAGAUAAAAUUAAUUUUUAAUUUUGUUCACUAUUAGUAUUGUGUUUCCAUGUGUUCCUUUGUUAAAGCCCCUACGGUAAAACCUUACUGCGACCUCAAAGGAGCAGCAGCAUUCCUUUAAUGCAUUACACUGUCAGUGGUUUUCUUACGAUGCAGUUUUGUUUUUGUUUUUGUUUUUUUUGGCAUGAAAUCAUAUUGACAAAGCAAAGGUUGUGCCUCGUUCUGUGGUUGAACCUGGAUGUGAAAACCUGUGGUUAAGAGGAAACAGAAGUAACAGGAAUUAAUUACUCUUGUAAACAAUGCUGUGCAUUGGCGUGGAUGAAUGGUAACUUUCCUGGAUGACCUAUUUACAAAAACCCACUAAACUAAGUCUUGAGAUACCGUAGUUUUUAAUUUUUUUUUUUCUUAAUUUUAACAUUUAUAAGACUGUGUACUCACCCCUUUGAUAUUUCACAAUGGGUACACCACUAUGAAUUCCCUUUUUCCCCUAAAAUAAAUAUACUAAUGUGUUAA